GUAUCCGGUGCUUUAGAACAAAAUUUCAAGCGCGUUUCGAGUCACGGCCAGUCAGUGUGCACCUUUGUUGGUAGAAGAUUUGAAGAUGCAUUUGCUAAGUGUGAUUUCCAGUAUUAUAGUUUUAGUAACAGUUUCUUUGUCCAAUGGACAGAAAAUAACCACUAUCCAACUAGAUGGGGUGCAAUAUUUUAUAAGUAGGAUGAAUCCAUACACAGCAGAAUUAAACUUUUUCUUGGCAUAUCAAUAUUGUCGAUCAUUAGGAUUACAAUUAGCGUCAUUCGAAGCGAAAGAAAAGGCGGAUUCGAUAACGGAAUUUUUGAAAAACGCCGGUUACGACAAAUAUGACUUUUGGAUUUCUGGAAAUACGUUGGGUACUGACAUGAUGUUGUGGAUGAGUACUGGAACGUCGUUUAAUGCAACUUUUAACUACAUGAGGAAACGUUCGAACGAAAUUCCCGCGAACUCAAGUGGAUAUGACAUUCCAAAUGGCAGCACUAGCCCGCAAAGAACUGCUCGGGAAAGUGGUAGCAACGGUUUACACAAUAGCUGUAUUGCGAUGAAAGCUCCACGGUUUGACUGGGACACGGAUGAUUGCUUGGUGAACAAAGACUUUAUCUGCGAGCAAACGCGUUGCUAUUACUACAACUAUGGACCAAUACCAGUUUCCUCUUCACAGGGAAAAACAUCCGCAACCUCAGUACCACAAAUAUCUUCAACAACCGAACAGGCCAAAUUUGUACCAAUGGGCAUAAAUGAAUUAAUCCAUAAGUUAAAAUCUAGCACUUUUGUUCCUGCACAUCCAGAUGACGUUAAUAUUAACACAGCCGUUCCUGUUCGUGAUGAAGAUGCUGAAGUUGAAAUGGCAACAAACGGACCAUACGACAAUUUCCAUUCCAAUAUUGAAAUGCAAGAUGAUCCAUCAGCCGUUGCCAGUCAUAAUCGUUACGAUGACAACGAUGCAUCUACGCUUCAACCUGACAUGGCCACAAUGUUUGCAGGACCUCAUUCUUCAUCGUAAAUACAUCGUCAUCUACGUUAGUUUUAUAUUUUACUGUAGGAAUAUUUCUGAAUCAUUUCAUUUCAUUACCCUCUAAUUGUCGUAUUAUUCACUGUAACUGUACUACUUAGGACUGAACCGUCCAGUAAUAAUAAAUUUAAGUACUACCAA